CAUAGGUGAUGAGCAUGUUGACACAUAUAUAAAAAAUAUUAAAAAAUCUGAAUUGAAAAAGCGUAUAUGGAAACGAGUUAAAAUAUUAAUAAUUGAUGAAAUAUCAAUGAUUGAUGGAGCUCUUUUGGAUAAAUUAGAGGAAAUUGCUAGACGUAUUCGUGGAUCAAAUCAACCUUUUGGUGGCAUACAACUUAUAUUUUCGGGGGAUUUUUUUCAAUUGCCUCCUGUUAAUCGACAUCAAAUAACAGUACUUGCUUUUGAAGCAAAGUGUUGGAAAAGGAUCAUAAAUAAAAAUAUGGUUUUAACGACUUGUUUUAGACAGAAGGAUCAAAGUAAGCAAAGCUGAUUUAUACAUACUUUACAAGUGAAAACUAAAUACGUACAUAUAAAUAUAUACACAUAUAUUGUUAGAAUUUAUACGUAUACUUAAUGAGUUAAGAAUAGGAAAAAUAUCUCAGGAAACAGAAAGAAUA